GUGUAAAUCAAGUAUAAUAUCUAAGGUAUGAACAUUCGGUAAUUUGAAAAAAAAGAACAACAAACACACAUUAAAAUCAACCGUUUGUUUUGUACUACAUUGUAUAAGGGAUAAUGCAUGUUCUCUUUGCAGUUGAUGGGAUUAAACAAAUUUGAAAAUGUCUGCAAAAUAUAAAACAGAAUCGAUUGAAAUUCGACAUGUGAUCGACGGAGAUAAGAAAACGUGUCCAGAUAAAGAGAAUAGCGGUAUACAAGAACGCGUACACACUGCAAGUAUUCCCUCACACGAAGAACAGAAACAGGAGGCCGACGAGAGUUACAUAAAUGAGGCAACACACCUUCGAAAGUUGUUGAAACUGUACUUCUACGCAGCAUUCAAAUGGAAGAACAAUACAUGUUCGUUUCAUCUCAUCUACUGUUUUGUCUUUUUGAUACAAGUCAUCAAAGUUUCACUCAUAACUGAUCAGAUUUUUAAGUUCAGCUAUGAUCGCGGUAACUUCAGCUCGGUUGUGAACAGAGGUCAUCUGACAUUAAGACAUCUCUUACUGCAAGGAUGGACUGCUAGUUGGGAAACAUUGCCGUAUCCACCAGCGCACGGAGAUUUCGCUGUGUAUACAAUAGACGACCUAGAAAGUGGGAUAAACUUUGCAGUCAGCCGGUAUUACAAUGCGGAAGAGGAAGCUAUAGGAUAUUAUGUUAGAAUGAAAGAGGACGAAAUGACUGCAACAAUAAAAUAUUUCACAUUUCCGGGCUUUGGUGACACACAAGAUGAAGGAAUAAAUACUUUUGACAUUACAUUCCCGACUGAUGCAGGUUUGACAUCAACUAAUGUUGGCAACAAAACUGUAUACAGUUACAAUGUAACAAAAGAAUUUGCACAUCUAAACCUGUCGCAGCCUAUGAAAAGGAUGUUGUCUACGACUCUUCAGUUCUCGUUACACUCUGUACGUUUACACAGGGAUAGCAAACUUGCAACAUGUUUACAAGUUAAGGGAGAGGUGAUAUACACGGACCUGGACAAUAACGGUCAGGUAAAUGUAGACCUAGAGACUCAUACCACAAGAAUUGAAUGUAAAACCAUGAACCUGACUUUAGAAGAUUGGGAGCUGAAAAGCACGUUAAAGGAGGUCGGCGGUGCAGUGAUGGCAUUCUGUGUCAUAUCUCUAGUGAUAACUCUUCUUGCAAUUUCUUUUGGACUGUAUGUGUAUUGGAAAACAAAAAUGUUCAUGAAGGAGCAUAUCAAGGACUUCUACGGGCACCGGGAUGAAGAAAAGGAAGACUUACCUCCGUCGGAAUAUUUUCGAUUCUUGAAGUUCUGGGAUAUCACAGUGAUUGUUUCAGACAUUCUCACACUUGUUGCUACAGAUUUUAUUACGUAUAAAACAGAGGACCGAGAGUUGAUGAUAGAAACGCUCGAUUCCCAAACAGUCUGGCUUGGUAUAGGUUGUGUCUUCGCUUGGACAAGCAUACUCAGAUUCUUCAAGUUUAACAUUAAAUUUCAUCUGUUAUUCAGUACCUUAUACCGUGCAUUCUGGGAUGUUAUGGCAUAUCUCAUCUGCGUGACAGUUCUGUUUGUUGGAUUCUGGGUAUGUGGAUAUGUCGUCAUGGGACCCUACCAUGUCAAGUUUCGUACACCUGAGGCAGCUGCAGAAACAUUAUUUGCUACUGUGAAUGGAGAUGAAAUUUAUGCAACGCUUGCGAUACUUGAAAGCAAGAAGAGUGGAGGCAGAUGGAUAUUCUGGUUCUCACGGUUCUAUAUCGGAUUAUAUGUGGCGAUCUUCUCGAUCGUUGUUAUAAAUUUACUUAUAGCGCUGUUCAUGAAUGCCUACGACGCUAUUAAGGAAUUGUAUGCAAAUAGGCAAGAAGAGAAAGAUGUGCGACCAGUGGAAAAAGCUGUGCGUCGUUAUCUUACAAAAUAUGAUUCUUCGAGCAAUAACUUACUCGUUUCUAUCAAGGGUCUUUUGACUCAACGUGGGUCAGGUUCGGCUGAGGAAACAGAAUUAAAAUAUGAAUUGUUAAAGAUUGUGAGUGUAGAUAAACAGGAAAACGAUGGGAAGUUGUUAAAACCAUUAACAUUGAAGUCAUUUAUAGAGUACAAAGAUGCGCCAAAAGAAUGCUGUUGCUUCCAAUGUUCUUUCAUUUUUAAGUAUUUUAUCUUUGUAUUAUAAAACGAAGUGAGUAGAGAAUUAUUUAAUUAUGACUUUACCAUUUUACAAAUCGCUUGAAAAUCACUGUGAAUUAUUGAACAAAUUAUGACAUCAUUCUAGUCGUUUUUAAUUACAAUGUGUAUAUAGGCUUCUUUUCUUUCGCCAUGUUUAACAUUUUGGUAUAAAUGUCUUACCUACAGAAGUGUAACUUAUUGUUGUUCAUGUUUCAUUUAUGUCUUUGCUAUAUUAUAUAUACAAACGCAAGGUUUUUCAAUAGAGUUGUUAAAAACUAUCAAUAAAUGUUCCUUGCUAGUCAACUCGAACGAAUAUCUUGUUCAAAUUACUAAACUAUCGAUUAAGGCAUCGCUACAGUGGCGGCCAUUUCACUCAAAAUUUUACAUGCAAAUUUUCAUUAAAAUAAAAGAUAACUUAGUGGUAACAAUAAAGUCAAUAAUUUUGUCAUAAUAUGUUCUAAAUAUCAAUUUGAACAUAUGCACAUAAAAGGAUUUGCAUUUCA